GAACUGUCUCUGUGGACUGACCGUCCUCUGGUGUCUCCGCAGAGCGAGAUCGUGCGGGAUGACUCGUCCUCUGGCCUGCUGGAUUGUGUCCGUGAGGGUUUGACGCGUCUGUUGGGCGUCGGCGCUCCUCACAGCCGCCGCCUGCUUCCUCUCAGCUCUCUGCUGCUUCCUGCCGCGCUGCAUGCCGUCCUGCGCUACGCCAUCGCCGCCUCUGUCCAGCGGGUGGCGCUGUGGCUGCACCAGCGGGGCAGGAAGCAGCGGGUGGAGCCGUCCAACCCCUUGGACGCCUACUUCCCCGAGCUGGCGGCGGCGUGGGCAGGGUCCCUGGUUGCGGACGUGGCGUUGUUUCCCCUGGAGACGGCGCUGCACCGCCUCGGCCUGCAGGGCACGCGCACCAUUAUCGAUGCCACUGACGGUGCGGCAGCCGCCGUGGGGAACGGUGGCAGCCCGCUGGUCCUCCCCGUCAACACGCAGUACGACGGCUUCUCCGACUGCCUCCACCACAUCCGCCGCAAGGAGGGCGCCGCCGGCUUCUACCGUGGCUUCGGGGCGCUGGCGGUGCAGUACGCGCUGCACGGAGCGCUGCUCGCCGCGGCCAGGACGCUACUGAGGCUGCUGCUGCUGGAGGGCCGCGCCAGCUAGAACCGUCGCCAUGGAGACACAGCAUCAGUUCCCGUGCACACUUCAGCUCCCACACCAUCCGAUGCUCAGCAGCUCCUCAGAGCGGACGUCAGCUUUUCACCUUCCACAGCGUUCACACAUACGUUAGCUUAGCACAAAGACUGGACGCGGAGGGAAACUGUUAGCUUAGCUUAGUACAGCAUGACCUCGUGACCCCGUGUUGAAAACAACUUCCUGUUUAUGUUUAAAUCCUGGAAGCUGAUUGGCCGCUGCUGAGCACUGAAGUGUAAACUAAAAUAAAAUAGAAAGUCACUUUUUAUAUGUAUAAAGUUGUAAAAAAAGAUAAACGUGACGCGUAGAUUUAUUGAUGAUUGAUUAGUAAUUAUUGGAGGCGCAGAGCUGCGGUGAUGUGUUUGAGAAGAGCUUCGAAGCUCUGUAACUUUGAAUCUUUGCAGCUUUGAGUCUUUGUGUUUAAGCUUUGUGCUGUUGUGUUUUUGGUCGUUAUCGUCUGUUUGCUGUGAAGAAAAAAUAAAAACAAAUCUGUG